UAUACUGUUGCUAUCAGUCACUUCACGUCUGUGGUCUUUUUAUCAUUUGGUCAGUGGCAUGUGAGCACCGUCCAAAACCUCUCUGGUCUGAACAGAUUGGUGCACUUAAGGCGUCUAGACCUCGAACAAGUCAACUUUGUCGAUCAGCCAGAGAUGAGUCUCAUGUUUCACAACUUGACCAAAUUAGAGAGCUUAAGUCUGACUCAUUGCUGGUUGGAUUCUUUGGAGGGAGACCUCAGUCUGGAUAUGACCUCUCUGAAGUAUUUCUCCCUAGAUCAAAAAACAGAGUUCAGUUUGACCACAGAUUUCUUUGAGCAUCUGGUCAGCCUGAAGUUUGCUUUCAUCUAUCAAACACAACUCCGCUGCACCUGUGACGAUGCCUGGUUCCUCCGCUGGGCAAGGAAUCAGCAACAAGCAGAAGUGUUUAUGUUCUCCAAAGAGAAUGAACCACUGAGCUGUAUAUCAGAGGGUGGGCUUCAGGACCUGGACAGCUAUGGCCAGGCCCACUGCAGUCUGGAUGUGGGGUUUGUGUUCUUUAUCAGCACAUCAUGCUUCCUCCUGCUGUUUAUGUUGGUUGUGCUGCUGCAUCAGCUGGCCAGAGACUACCUGCUGGCCUUCUACUACAUCACUCACGGCUGGUUGAAUGAGGCACUACGUCACCAGAACACCAGAGGGCGCUACCUGUAUGAUGCCUUUGUGUCUUACAGUGGCAGAGAUGAACGCUGGGUGAUGGAGGAACUCCUGCCCAACCUGGAGCAGAGAGGGCCCCCAUUCCUGCGCCUUUGCCUGCACAGCAGGGACUUCCAGCUGGGAAAGGAUAUUGUGGAGAAUAUAACCGACAGUCUCUACAGAAGCCGCCGCACCCUCUGCCUGGUCAGCCGCCACUUCCUGCGGAGCAACUGGUGCUCCCUGGAGAUGCGACUAGGCACCUACCGGCUGCAGGUGGAGCACAGGGAUGUGCUCAUCCUGGUGUUUCUGGAGAAGAUCCCUUCUAACCUGCUCUCUGCCCACCACAGGCUGGCCCGACUGGUCAAGACCAGGACUUACAUAGACUGGCCUCAAGACCCGGCCCAGCAGGAGGCCUUCUGGGACAGACUGUGGAACAAACUAAUGACAGACAAGGUGUUAUGAGUUGCCAUGCACCAUUUUUUUUUUUUUACUUAACUGUACUUUUUUAAUACAGCCUGAAUGUAACAUAAAGUAGAGCACAAAUGUAAAAAUUGCUUUCUGAUAUAGAUAGAGAAAGAAAGAAAUUGUUAGGAUAAACAAACACCACUUUUGAUGGAUAAAUUACGAGAGAUCUCUGAUUGUUAAUGUUGCUCAUGUGUCCAAAUAUUAUUUUAUGAACCACAAGAUGCAUUAAGUUUGAACAGAUCAUUUGGAAAUAGAUCCAAAGAGUAGAUGUGGCCUGGAACAGUUCUAAAAUGGUGUUUGAAGUGAAUUCUGCGAUGACUCAACUGAUUAUUCUUCAGAGUGUUGUGGCAUGUGUGUGUACACUUGGUUGUGAAUCAGAUUUCAAUGUAUUCUGGAGUAAGUACAACCUGUACAAUUUGUCACAUGAAAUAUGUUCAUAGUGUAUUAUAAUGUUCACAGGAGGCCCCUUAUAGCAACAUUUUGUAGUUUUUACUGUGUUUCU